AAAUGUAGGGAAUAUGCUAUGAUUUGUUUCUUAGAUAUGUCGGACGCCUAUAAUAGAGUAGAUCUUGUUUCACUUCAUAAUAUUCUUCUACAAUGCAACAUUGACCCAACAAUUGCAAACUGGAUUAACAACUAUUUUUCUAAAAGACAUCUGACCCUAGGUAAUCACACUGUUGAGGUAAACUCUGGCCUACCUCAAGGUAGCUGCCUUUCCCCAACGCUAUUCAAUAUUUAUACAGCCCAACUGCACGAAAUUAAUAACUCUCAGACUCAACUAUUUCAGUUUGCCGACGAUCUUGCGUUAAUAUCCACUGGCACAAACAGAUUCUCUGCAGCUCUAAAUUUACAAAACAAAAUAGAAGAAUUACAGGCAAAAUGCGACAGCUUAAAUCUCAAAUUUAAUCCGAACAAAACAAAAUUCAUGUAUAUGUCUGCAAACAAUAAACAAACCUUUAGUGUAUCCAUCAACGGCCUAAACAUUGAACAAGUCCAUCACUUCAAAUGGCUGGGAAGAACAAUUAGCGCGAACUCAACCAUUAAGGUACACAUUAGUGAAAUUAAAAAAGCAACAACUUCAGCGUUUGUACGAUCCAAAGCAGAAUAUGCCAACACCAGUUAUGCAAAUGCCCCUAAAGGGUAUAACAAGCAGCUACAGACCAAUUUAAAUGAAACGCUGAGGAGAUGCCUCGGAGUUCCUCCAAACACUCCAACACUCAUGAGAUACGCGCUGGCUUGUGAACUUCCACCUCUUCCCAGAGCUGUAUGGCUUACGGCCAAGGAACUUGUCAAACAGUGGUUGAUCAAUCCUGAACUUAGAACACAGAUCCAGAACAGACCUCCCAUAAAUUCCAGCUACAGCAUAACGUACGAAAAAUUUAAAGCAAUUAUCAACACCAUAGAUACAAAUGUAGCUUUCAAAAGACACCAUAACCUCACCUGCUACGAAUCAGAAUUGGCCCAGUCCAAAAAGAACGUUACCCCUACACAACUCAGAGCUAUCUACAACCAAAAAAUUAACACGCUAAAAGAGGAAGGUUUCAAAGUGUAUGCCACUGAUGCAUCGGUGUCAGAUAACAAAAUUGGCUGUGCAGUCUAUGUGGUAACGGCUAACGUCUCAUACCUGUUCAAUAUAGAUGGAAACUUCACAUCAACUUACGUCUUGGUGUAUUGUCUUAUGUAGUCUUGUGUUGUUCUUAAAUGUCAUAAAAUAAGAAUGAGGAAAGCAGCUGUUACGCUAACAUCAGCCAGAAAGAAGCAACAUCAAGGAGUCGUAUAAUAAAACACUCUUCAACGCGGAAUUUCAACAAAACACGUCGAUACAAGAUAAAUGGAAGCAACAUUGUCCAGCAGUUUAGCCGAAAGAUUACAACUAACCAAACAAUCGUUCGCAGAUAGACUGGUGUUAUGCUAAAGGAAGCUGUAAUCCACAGCGUUUGGGACAAAUAGCAUUUCGACUUAGAAAAGAAACACUAUCGUAUUCAAAUGGUAUAAGACAACGAUAACCACUGAAUACAUCACGAUUUAAUAACCGGCUAUUUAAGGUGUAUAAACCUAGCCAUAAAUGGAACUUUCGAUUUGUUCCUAAAGCCCAAAAAAAAAAAAAAAA